UAACAAUGAAUGGACUCUAUGCUUUCUACACAAAAUUUAGAUUUGAUUAAGACCUUUAAGACGGUCCAACAAAAUAAUCAUAAUCCCUAAUUACUCCAACUAAUAACGAAAAUUAUGGCUUAACAAUCUCCUUGAAACCAAAACCCCACUUCUCCUCCUUCCUGGCUAUUAAUGUAGCAAAGGCAAAAGCCUUUUUCUAUCAAUCAGAGUUUCCGUGUACCAAGAAUCAGGAAUCUGGGUAAUUCUCAUUUCCUUGUUUGUUUCUAUUCUACUAUUUUAAUUUAGGGUUUCAUCUGCAGCGUACACUAAUAUUAUAUGAUGAUCUGAUUUGAUAAAUCUCUUCUAUUCCAUCAUUUGGGUGUUCUUCAUUUCCAGUUUUUUUAUAUUUUCUGAAAUUCCAUAUUCCAUUUCUUUAAUAGGGUGGAGGGGUAGGUGGGUUCGGGGUUCAAUUUCAUUGGCCAUUGCUUAAAGUUUGAUUUGGUUGAUUCAAAUUGGUGGAAUGUGAUUAAAUUGAAAUACCUAAUUAUUAUGUUAAAGGGGCAAAGUUUGCUGUGCCAUCUUAAUAAGAUCAAUUUUUGGGGUGUGAUGGCCGCCAGACUAGAUGGGACCUUCUUCACCGCGGGUGUCCAUGGUUUUAAUAGUCAGGUGGUCGGUCCUGGUCGAGCCAAUGUGCUCCAUGGGUGUCGAAUUACAAACUGCAUUGCAGUUGAUCUUGUUGGUAGUUGUAGUACUAGUAGUAGUAGUCGAAGUAGCAGCGGUAGUAUUAGUAGUAGGAUAAAUGUGCGGGGCAGAAAGGAGUUUCACUUGAAUUGUUGUGCUGACCACAGCACGCCUGAUGGGCAUGGCCUUCAUAGUAGACGAGUUGAUGAUAAAUUUAUCAGAAAGCAGCCUACUCGUGCAUUGUCUCCGUUGCCCUAUCCACAGAUUUUUCGUUAUUAUUCGGAUGAUGGUAAGAGGCUUGAGGAUAACAAGGAUGCUACAGUCACUAAGCGGCCGUUGAAGAUGAAUGGUCAUGGUGAGAUGUUCGAACGUGGAAGCCCUCUUGGGUUCUUUGACUGUGCAUUGCCUGAUAAACUGGUUGUGGCUGUUGAUGUGGACGAGGUUCUUGGAAACUUCGUUUCAGCCCUUAACAGAUUUAUAGCUGAUCGAUACUCUUCCAGCCACUCGGUUUCGGAGUACCACAUCUACGAGUUUUUCAGGAUCUGGAAUUGCUCUCGAGAUGAAGCUGAUAUCCGUGUUCACGAGUUCUUCAAGACUCCUUACUUCAAAACAGGAAUCCAUCCUCUUCCGGGUGCUCAGGUCACUCUCCACAAGCUAUCUAAGUUCUGCAAUCUAUCUGUUGUGACGUCUCGUCAGAAUGCAAUUAAAGAUCACACAAUUGAGUGGCUCGAAAAGCACUUCCCUGGAUUAUUUCAAGAGAUUCACUUUGGCAAUCACUUUGCUUUGGACGGGAUAUCACGACCAAAAUCUGAAAUUUGCAGGUCUCUGGGAGCGCAUGUCCUGAUCGACGACAACCCUCGAUAUGCUCUGGAGUGCGCUGAAGCUGGGAUCCGGGUUCUACUUUUUGAUUACGAAAACUCGUAUCCCUGGUCAAAGUCUGAGUCUGCCGCUCUGCAUCCCAUGGUGACCAAAGUUCAUAACUGGGACGAAGUAGAGCAGCAACUAGUUUCAUCAGUUGUAUCACAGUAGUACAAUCAACAAUCUCUCCUCAUACAUAAAACAACCAAAUUUUGGAUCGCCAAAGCUGUGCACAACAUCCCUGGUUCAGAAGUCUGACCAUAUGGUUCUGUUAAAUCAAUACAGGGUUUCCGUUUUCACAUAGCAUUUCUGAUUAAACACCAGGCAGAAAAUUGCAUUUCUGGAAAUGUAAAUAAAAGAACUAAUGUGAAACCCGUAUUCAUCAAUUUGAUUUAUUACUUUGGUUCCA